UGACGUCCAGCUAUUUACUGCGCCUCGUGGGCUCUCGCUAGAGCUCACUUCAGCUCUGAGCGCAUCGCGCUUCAGUUGUCACUGUUCAGUUUGUGGUGCACAUCUGGCUGCCUCCACUUUGGUCAUGUUCUGCUCCACUGACAAGAGCUGCAGGACCAACCGGGCCCUCCUGGUCUCCGUCACAGACUUUUAUCCCGGGGUGGCCCUUUCCAGGAGGCCCGGGGCCAAGAAGGACACAAAGAGGCUCCACAAUGUGUUGUCAAAGCUUGGCUUCAAGGUGCUCUUGGUGAACGACCCCACAGCGAGGGAGAUGUGUGAGAUGUUUAAAGCAGCCAGUGAGCAGGUGAUUGAGGACUGCUUUUUGGGAGUGAUCUCCAGCCACGGGGAGGAGGGUAUGGUGUUUGGGGCCGAUGGUGGCAUCGUCAAGCUACCCCACAUAUUCAGCAUGUUUGACAGCUCUGCUAUGAAUCGGAAGACCAAGCUGUUUUUUAUACAGGCAUGUCGUGGAAGAGAUUUAGACCCUGGAGUAGAAGUGGAUACAGACUCAGUGGCCGACGAGAAGGACAAAGACAGCUUCUCUCACUGCCUCUCCAUUCCCAUCAACACAGCUGUCGGCUUUGCCACCUCCCCAGGUUACAGUGCCUUCAUGCACCCACUGGGCUCCGUGUUCCUCCAGACACUAUGUGACCUCCUGGAGAAGGAUGGAGGGAGGGAUCUGGAGGUCACUCAGCUCCUGACACGCCUCAACCACUGUGUGGCAUACAAGUUCCAGGCCAGGGGCCGAGAGCUGGCAGGCAAGAAGGAGAUGCCCUGUUUUGUCAGUCGCCUCACCUGCCAGCUGUUCCCAUUCGCUAGCAAGCAGGGGCCCCAGAAAGCCAAGGAGGACUCCUUUAAGUGCCUGACUGAUGAGCCCAGGAGGAUCCGCAAGCAUUCUAUUAGCUGACUUUAAGGAGCUCAGGUCUUGUAAAAAAAAAAAUCCCAAUUGUUGCUAGGGUGCACUCUGGCUCUCUCUGAGGACCAAAUUCAAUGUGAAAUGAACUGACAAAGAUAUUUGU